AUGGCUCGGUUCGCGACGCUUCUGCUUUUACCGUUUCUCAUCGAGUCGGCGUCCUCCAUUUCCUUCUUUUUGCCGGUCAACUCGAGAAAGUGCUUGCGGGAGGAAAUCCACAAGGACGUCCUCGUUACCGGGGAGUACGAAAUAAGCGAGCAGGCGAAUACUAAAACAAACCUGAAGAUCACAGAUUCGGCUGGUCACACACUUUACAGCAAGGAUGACGCCACCAAAGGGAAGUUUGCGUUCACCACGGAGGACUACGACAUGUUCGAAGUGUGCUUUGAGAGCAAAUUCCCAAUGGGAACUGGAAGAGUGCCCGACCAGUUGGUCAACCUGGACAUGAAGCACGGCGUGGAGGCGAAGAACUAUGAAGAGAUUGCCAAAGUGGAGAAACUGAAACCCCUGGAGGUGGAGCUGCGACGACUGGAGGACCUGUCGGAGUCCAUCGUCAACGAUUUUGCUUACAUGAAGAAGCGAGAAGAAGAAAUGAGGGACACUAACGAGUCCACCAACACGCGCGUGCUCUACUUCAGCAUCUUCUCCAUGUGCUGCCUGAUCGGUCUGGCCACGUGGCAGGUCUUCUACCUGCGCCACUUCUUCAAGGCCAAGAAGCUCAUCGAGUAG